CCCUUCAAAAUAUAGUCUGGCCCCCCACAAGGUCUGAGGGACAGUGGAUCGGCCCCCUGCUGAAAAAGUUUGCUGACCCCUGGUGUAGACAAUGCUAGAUGGACCCAAGGGGUCUGGCUGACUCUGCUUUUAAUAAGACAGCUAUUCCAGCCUGUUUGCUCACAUGCCACCUCUCUGUUGGGAAACUGCCCCACAGCCCCCAAUGGGUUAAACAGAUAGAGCUGUGUUUUGCAGAGAGGCCCAGGGAGCAGCCAGUCAAUGCUGUCCCUUCCUUUUCCUGCCAGGGAACUCGGCUGCAAAACCAUGGCUUCGUUGUGCAGAAGGUCAGAGAGGUUUGUCAUUGGAUUCAGGACAGGGUCAUUGCCAAUGGAGCUUCUUACCUCGCACCAGAUUGAGUGGCUGAACCGAACGAAGCAGGCGACUGAAGACAUGGUUUAGGAGCUGGGGCGGAGCGAGGCGGAGCUGUCACAUUCUGUGUGAGAGAUGGCACAAGGGAUGGACCGGAGUGAAAUUCAAGCUUUGCCGAAUCGGCGCGCAGUUCCGGGAACACGAGCAGAGAGGCAGGGCGGAGCAGGACCUCAAUUGCAGAAGGGGCCUGGCAGAGUCCAGCGGGAGGUUAUGGAGCUGUUCCCGACAGCGAGGCAGUCGCCAAACAUGGGAUGGAGCGGCCCAUGCUUGCCAGAACUUGCCCCACGGGAAGAUCCCAAGCCUUGCCCGCUCUCUACGGAAAGAACGCACUGCGGCAGUGGCAGCCCUGAAGGAGACCGCGCAAACAUCCUCCCGGCAGACCUCAGCAGAACAUCAGAAGAGGCCCACAUGGGUUUGGAUUCUGGGGGAGUCAAGGAGGAGCCCCGGGAAAGGGACACCGUCGCCCUGGAGAUGCAGCGGCUGAACUUCCGUCAGCUCCGCUACCAGGAGGUCGGGGGGCCGCGGGAAGUGUGUAGCCAUCUCUGGUACCUGUGCCACCGGUGGCUGAAGCCAGAGAGGCACACCAAGGAGCAGAUCCUGGAGCUGCUGGUCCUGGAGCAGUUCCUGGCCGUCCUGCCCUCGGAGAUGCAGAACUGGGUCAGGGAAGGCAGGCCGGAGACCUGCGCCCAGGCGGUGGCCCUGGCAGAAGGUUUCCUGGGGAGGCAGCAAAUGGGUGAGAAACCCAAAGAGGUAGUGCCUACGAAUCCCGCGGCUCCUUCAGAGGCCAGAGAGAAGCUGCCACGUGUGGUAGUCAAAGAAGAGGGUGGCAGAGGUGCGUCCUCUUUGGGUGACAGUUGGCUGAAUCAGCGGGAGGGUAAUCCACAGCGGGAAUGGCCAACCCAAGUAGACCCUCAUUUGCAAUGUCAGGAUAACAAAACAGCUUUCCUGCCUUAUUCAGAGACAAAGAUGGGAAGCCACCCGGAAGACAGUGUGAAUGAUCCUGGGAGAACACCUGGGGAUUUUGUUGAGCCCACAAACCAGCAGAUCCCUCCCAAAGGCAAGAAGCAAAGAACUUGCGGCGUCUGUGGGAAGAGCUUCAGCCGCAGCACGGGCCUGAUUGCACAUCAGAGAAUCCACACCGGGGAGAAGCCGUACGAGUGUCCUGACUGCGGGAAAUCCUUCACAUUGAAGUCGAACCUGAUAGCCCACGAAAGGACUCACAACGGCGAGAAGCCGUACGGGUGCCAGCAAUGCGGGAAAAGCUUCAGCGUGAGCUCGCAGCUCAUUAAGCACAAGAGGACUCACUCGGGGGAGAAGCCGUACAAAUGCGCGGAGUGCGGGCAGGCAUUCCGCCAAAGCUCGCACCUGAAAAACCACCAGAGAAUCCACACAGGAGACCGGCCGUUCAAGUGCUCGGACUGCGGGAAAAGCUUCAGCGUGAGCUCAGACCUGAUCCGGCACGAAAUCUCGCACACAGGGGAGAAACCGUACCAGUGUCCCGACUGUGGCAAGCGCUUCUGCAACAGUUCGCAGAUUAUUACUCACCGGAGAGUCCACACGGGGGAAAAGCCGUACAAAUGCCUGGAGUGCGGGAAAAGUUUCACCGUGAGCCAGCAGCUCAGCAGGCACCAGCGAGUCCACACAGGAGAGAAGCCAUACAAAUGCCCCGAAUGCGGGAAAACCUUUGGUGUCAGCACACUCCUUACGGGACACCUGAGAAUCCACACGGGAGAAAAACCGUACGAAUGUUCGGAAUGUGGGAAAAGCUUCAGGCUGCGCUCAAACCUUAUUGCACAUCAGAAAAUACACAUCGCAAGGAAAUCCAGUCCGUGGGGGGGGGGAUCCUCUUGUGAUCCUGAGGCCAGCAACAAUCUGGAUUUUCCAAACUGGGAAAUGCCGGAGCCAUUUAAAGAAGAACCAGGCGACAAGAGGACUCUGCCAUGUUCAGGGUCUCAGGAGCUCCUCAAGGCAGUGAGAUGUCUUCAUUCGGGAUGGGAAAGCCCAGCAAGGCAGGAGCCCAUUCUGUGGCAUAACACAAAGGCUUUUCUGGCCUUGUUGGAUGGCGUGGCGAACGCUAACCAGUGGCCCCAAGGCAUGCCGAACUUCCUUGGAGCGUUACCACAGGAAUAUGGGAAGCUGGACGCCAGCAAUGGGGAAGACAAUUGGAAGGCGAGAGAUGAGACCCAAGGAAGUGAGUCUGCUACCCUGGACAUGGAGUGGAAACUCUUCAGGGAAUUCCACUACCAGGACGUUGACGGGCCCCGCGAGGCCUGCAGCCGCCUGUGGCAUCUUUGCCAUCACUGGCUGAAGCCGGAGAGAUCUUCCAAAGAGCGGAUCCUGGAGCUGCUGAUCCUGGAGCAGUUCCUGGCCAUCCUGCCUCCAGAGAUGCAGAGCUGGGUCAAAGAUGGCUGUCCAGAGACCUGCGUCCAGGCGGUGGCUUUGGCUGAGGACUUCCUGGUGAGGCAAAGAGAAGCCAAGAAACCAAAACAGCAGGGGCUGCCGCUGUCGGGAGGCACAGCUUUGAAUUGCACUCCAGCAACAGGAAUGAUAUCGGAGGCUGGACAGAUGCCGGUGGGCUCAGAGGCUAAAGAGGAGGUGGAGGACCAAGGCUGUGCCAGCAUGCUAGGUGAUGGACGGGGGACCGAGAACAAGGAGGAGACUCCUCUGACGGAAAAUCCUGAUCGGUUGCAGCCUCCAAGCCAAGAAGGGGAGUGCCCUGAGAGGCGAAGGGGAAAUCAUCCGGGAGGGAGCGCUGCAGAUUCUGUCCUUUAUGCCAGAAGGAAGGAGGCCUUGGAGAAAAACAUCCAGCAGGGACUCCUCAAAGACGAUAAACGACACAAGUGUGACGUGUGCGGACGAGGGUUCAGUCGGCCCACGGGAUUCACUGCGCAUCAGCGAAUCCACACGGGCGAGAAACCCUAUAAGUGCAUGGAGUGUGGGAAAAGCUUCAGUUUGAAGUCGACCCUUGUGGCCCAUGCAAGGACCCACACGGGCGAGAAGCCGUACACCUGCACGCACUGCGGGGAAAGCUUCGCCGUGAGCUCAGACCUCACUCGACACUACCGGACCCACACGGGAGAGAAACCCUACAAGUGCUUGGAGUGCGGGAAGUGCUUCCGGCAGAGCUCCUCGUUCGGCAGCCACCUGAGGACCCACACGGGAGAACGGCCCUUCCGGUGUUCGUGCUGCGGGAAGAGCUUUGCCAUGUGCUCGGACCUCACCAAACAUUACCGGACCCACACCGCGGAGAAGCCGUACAAAUGCUCGGACUGCGGGCGCCAGUUCCGGCAACACUCCUCUUUUGCCAACCACCUGAAAAGCCAUCGCGGAGAGCUGCCUUUCAAAUGCUCCGACUGCGGGAAGUCCUUCAGCGUGAGCACAUUCCUGAUCAGACACGAGAGAAUCCACACAGGGGAAAAGCCGUACCGGUGCUCGGAUUGUGGGAGGAGCUUUGGGCACAACUCUCAGCUCAUUUCGCACCUGUGCGUUCACACGGGGGAGAAGCCGUACAAGUGUCCUGAGUGCGGGAAAAGGUUCACCGCUAGCUCUCUCCUCCGGGGACACCAGAGAAUCCACACCGGUGAAAAACCGUACAGUUGCGGGGUUUGCGGAAAGACGUUCAGCCUGAGGUCUAACUUCCGCAGGCAUCAGAGCACUCACACGGGGGAGAAGCCAUUUAAGUGCUUGGCCUGUGGGAAAAGCUUCAUUACUAGUUCAGAUCUUCUUGCACACAAGAGAACCCACGCAGGAAAUAAAUUGUAGAUAUGCACCAGGAGGUGGGCUUAUGAUCUUAAUACGGUGGUACCUUGGUUUUUGGACGUCUCCAUUGCCGAACAUUUCAGUUUUCAAACGCUGAAAACCCAGAAAUAAAUGCUUCCAUUUUCGAACACGCCUCGGAUGUCAAAUGGCUUCCACUGCGUGUAUCUGUUGUUUUUCACAAUUUUCUCUGUUGAAUUGGCAGGACGCCCUUUGCGCCUCAGUUUUUGAACAUUUUGGAAUGGUCUUCCCGAACAGAUUACGUUAAAAAACCAAGGUACCACUGUAUUGUUCAGAGCUUACGUGUAGCAGAAAGGUGAUAACUACUUUCCCAAGUUGGUGGGUUGUUGAGUUAUUUCCCCUUCUGAGAAUGGGGCUGUAACGGGUUGCUUCCAAGCACAUGGCGAGUAGGAGGCUCAGAAAAGCACUUUGCUACUAGCAGAUCCAUGGGCCUGGAGACUGGCAAGAAAGACAAUGACUAAUUUCUUCUGAAACGGCAUUUUGUGUUAAUGCUUUUUCCCCCAGGAUCGCCCGUUUCGUUUGUGCUAUGAAGAGCUGGGUAGCUCAGUCGGCUAGAGUUGUGGUGCUGAUAAUGCCAAGGUUGCAGGUUUGAUCCCCAUAAGGGACUGCUGCAAAUUCCUGCAUUGCAGGGGCUUGGA